AUGACGCCCAUCACCGAUCCAGAAACGCCAACAAUAGUAGGUGUCACAAACUGUUCCUUUGACAACGCUGCGUUACUUCUCGACGUCCACAACGCUAUGGUGGAACUUGAGGACAAAGAUGACGCUAUCAAGUACGCCACGAUUCUGAAGUUCGAUGGCGAGAUGCGUGCUUUCUGUGCAGAGAAGCUGCCGAAAUGCUUUUCUCCUCGGACACCCAACAACCCUAGCUGGCCCCCAUGGGUCAUCUGGGCGCGGCGGCUGCACCAGGCUUCAAUACAUCACAAGAUCAUUAUGAUCCAUCAGCACUUCUUAAGCAAGAGCUUCAAGGACGUCCGCUACACAUACAGCCGGUGGGCUUGUAUGAGCGCUUCGCAGAGUCUCAUCAGCCUAUACACCACUCGGGAUGCACAAGAGCCGCAAUGGUGGGUUGAGCAAGCCUUCAUCAUAACUGCCGGCAUUUGCCUCAUUUUGGAGCUCUUUCAUCGCGCUGAGGCAGAUGCGGAGGUGCAGGAGUGCCAACUACAUGUCACGCGGGCCAUCAGGUACUUGCAAUCAUUCCACACGUCAAGUGUUGCAGUACAUGGCGUGCGUCUCCUCAUGUCACUCAUGGCAGAGUACGAAAAGCUCAGGGACGGGUCAGACGAAAGGACCGCAGUAUCAGCGGAUACAGCAGCCACCCAAAACUGUUCCUAUAUCCCUGGCAAUACUGCUGGAAUUCCGACUCCGGACAAUGACCGCGCGACCCAACAGCUGCCUCUAGAUCCCGAGGUUCCGCUAUCGUUCGACGAUCCGACUAUGUGGAAUUUCGAUAUCGAUAGUAUGAGCUUCGAAAAUCUGAUGGACUAUCUACCUUCAGAAGGCUCGUUGAACACUAACGUCUUCAAUGCCAGCAUGUUGUCGGCUAAUGGAUGGCCGAUCGGCGCCAUUAUGUCUCAGGACCCCGAACUCGACAAGAUGCUCGUGCUGGACGCACUGAGUAGCGGCCUCAACAUGUCCAUGACAGAGCUCCUCAGCAUCCUCGGUCGACAAGCCCCGAUCUCAAACCUUCUUCUCGGACCCGUCAUCAGACCACAGCAGAUCCCCGUGACGGCGGCAUCUCAUUCUGAACCGAGCAUGCAUCUACAACAGAAGGCACCGGCGGCAGAGCGGCCACAGGAAAUGUUGAGGGAGUUCCACAUCGUAUACUGGACCGCUUUGGCUCUCGUCAGCCUCAUCGCUAUAUCGGCGGUCUGGACGAAAGUUCAUAUGGCGGCACAGAAGGGUCGGAAGUCGUUCGAGGCCAAGAAACCCAUGUCGGAUGUUGAGAAGUGGCACAUGCGGCGUCAGAAGGCGCGCGAUGAGGCAUCCAUGGCGCUGGGGCAGGUGGAUGACCAGUCUCCGGGGACGUGA